AUGCUUGAGGUCCUGAAAGCCGCAGUGUAUGGCUUCGAAGUCAGUGUGGAAAACGAGGAUGUAAAAGGCAUUGCCUCAGCAUUCCAGUUCCUUGAAAUUGCCCACACUCAUUACCAUGGGCGUGACAUUAAGGAUGAGAUAGCAAGAUUGCGUGACGAUGAUGAUAUGUCAAUUGUCUCUAACAGUGACAGCACGAUCUCUAAUUUGUCUGACCACUCUCGCGACAUGGCGUCAGUUCGUUCCUGGGUUGCCGAGACAGGUCAGUAAUCCUUAUUUGAUUAACUGUGUUUUCUGUCAUUUUAAUUGUCCUGACUGUUAUCCUCAUCACAUGAUUCAUCAACAACAUCAGCAUCUCCGCCAUCACCAUCAUCAACUACAUUUCCAUGGUUAUUGCCAUCAGUGCCUUCGUCAUCGCUGUCGUCAUCAUCACCACUAGAGACCUUUAGAUUCUAAGACGCGGACGGGUACAAGGACAAAGUUUUCUCAAUACUAAGUAGUGCGCGCUCUUAGAGCGGUUUUCAUUUGAGUGUCGAAAAGUAAUUGGUUUUGCACUUUCUACACGAUGCGAUUGGCUUAAAAGAUUCGCGCCACCUUUUCAUCCAAUCAGAAGUAAAACCAAAGUCAAUUGUGACGCGCUCGCAUGCAUUUUCCCGCGCUUUGCGUCAGCCACAUGUAAUUACUUCGAGUUUUGAUUGGUUCAAUGUAUUGUCUGUGUCCUAUGUGAUUGGCCAGAGUAAUUACUUUGGUUUUGGUUUUACGACACUCAAACGAAAACCACUCUAUUUCAGCGUCAUUUUGGUGGGAAAACGUGAUAGCCGUCGUCCUUCUACUAUGAGCUUAAGCAAGAAUGUCGUAGUGGCGAAAAGAAGUUAUCAAAUGGUAGAGGUUUUAUCAUUUUGUGAUCGGGAGGGGGCUUAAACUCCGUCAAUAAAAAUAACCUUACUAACUAUUCUGAUAAAAAAGUACAGUUGGGCUUUUCUGGGGUGUAUUUUAUGAAGAGACGCGAAAUAACCUUAAGUUUAAUCUCGUCCUCGUAUUCGCUCUUGUCCUCGAGAGUAAAGGUCUCCACUAUGACCAUCAUCAUCCACCAUCUUUAUCGUCAUCGUCAUCGUCCACACAACAACCACCCGCACUAUCAUCAUCCUCAUAAUCACCAGGAGCCGCUCUUGUCACCACCACCACCACCACUACCCAUCAUUAUCAUCAUUAUCAUCACCGCAUCAUCGUCCGCAACGUAGCUUGCGCUGUUAUGUUGCCUUCUAUAGUCUGAGUUCAACUUAACUUAAAAUUAUUUAAUUGUUGGUUUUCACAUGACGUCACCAAAAUUCAAACUAAAAAACUAUCGAUCCGACCGAGAUUUUACUUUCACGGUGCAUUAGAGCAGCUGGAAACGAAUUUUCAUACAAAUUUUCGCUUCGAAAGGGUUCUUGGUGUUGUGAUAGAGUACGCUUGAAUUUCUAAGUUUUUGCGUGACGCGGCAUGUACAUGACGGGCAGGAGAGCUUUCAUGGAGGUUAAAAAAACGACUUAUUUCAGGAAAUUUUGCUCUCUGAACAGUUCAUGUAUUAGAAAAAGUAUUACUUUAAUGUUUAUUAGUUUCUCGAAGAAUAAAUUCACGCCUUUGUAGCAAAACUCGGUAACAGAUGUUUCUGUUGGUUUCCGUCGGCCAUGUUGGAGCUCAUCCAGGUGAGCACUAGCAUGGCGUCUCCAUACAAAUCUCUAAGAGUUUGGGUAAAACAUUUCUGCGGAUAUCUCGUAUACGAAAUAUUCCUCUGACGUGAAUCUUGGCGAGGGUCUUUGUAUAUGUAACUCCUUUCAUUUCCCAGAUUCUGGACUUUAUCUAUUGAACGGUUUUGAUUUUGAUUUUGAUUUAUUUUGAAUGGCGUGACAAUGAAAACCAGCAAUUGUCUUGCAGGCAAAAGACAUGCCGUGCUAAAUGGCAAACUUGAUGAAGAUAGUGGUCAUGGUGAAAUGAGCGACACUAACAGUGAAAUAGACACGAUCAUGUCCUCAGUAUCGCACAGCAGUAACAAUACACGUGUAACGCAUGAACCGCUGACACGUUCGAACAGUGAUGUCGCUGCCCUGUUGAGUAGAAGGGGACGAGUCCUGAAAGACAAAAGAAGUAGAUCCAUUGACCAAGCUAGGACUCUGGUAGGUUACACUUAAAAAUAAGAGGAGGGAAAUCUUCUGACGUGCUGUAAAAUUAGGAUAAAAUGUGCUGGGCCCAGUAGUUUGAAGGCUGAUUAGAGCUUAACCCAGGGUCAAAAUUUAACCCGGGUUUUUUUUCUUUUUUCAAAAGCAUUUUCCUGGAUAAUUUUCUGUGUUAUUUUUAAGAGCAUCCAAUCAUCUACUCGUUGACAAAAAGAAUUAAACUGAAUUACUUUUUAAGCUUUCGUAUCUCAAUUCAAAUUUCGCACUAACCCUCGAUAAUCUUAACCCAGCUUUGAACAACCCGGCCCAGGCGUUUGGCACCCUGCUAGUAGCUCCUUUCUUUUGCUUACGCGAUUUUGGCGUACUCGACAAAGACUCUUUAUGUAUCGCGUUAGAUCUUUGCUGGGCAUGCGCUGCUUGUUGCUAGGAUACAGGUUCAAUUCCAGGCCUAAUAGCCGUGCACGUGGUAUAGUUUUGACCAUCGGUUUAUUAAUAAACAGAUGCUCGCUCUCAUAAAACGGGUUCGACGAAAGGAAACAAUGUGGACUGAUACAGAAGUUUGGGCUGCUGCAACUUGUAAUUUUGACACGAUUCAGGCACGGCCUCCUUUUUUUCCUCUUGGAGUGGGUAAAGAAGAAGACAAAGGGAGGCUCUGUUCGCAGGGUGGGGAUUUGAAGGCUUCUGUCUCUGUAUCAGUGGAAAUAGGUUAACCCUUAGAAUGAUCAGCAUCAAAUUUCUCCUUGUUAUAUCACUGCUUUAUAAAACACAGUGGUCAUGAGAAUUAAGGAUAUGAUCACACAAGAUGAAUCUAAUUGAUACUUUAUCAAAUUCUCCCCACUACUUCUAUUGAAAACGUAUAGGGAUAACAAAUGAGAAUUUGAAUUUUGAUGUUAGGGUUUAAAGGGUUGAGAAUGCCCAUUUUAAACGCUGAUUCAUUUGCUGACUUAAAUAGUUUGAGGUAACCAUCAGGGUUAGAUAAAUCAAAACUUAGCAGUAACUAGUAUCCAAUAUUAAAAUUCCAGGAAAAAGUAAAUUGUAAAGCAUUGACUGUCCUUUGAAAGCAAUGGUGAAGCGGCGUGGUUCAGAGCUAAUUUAAAUUCAUUUAAUAGCCAUUAAAGUUAAUUCUGUGUUGACUAUUGGAGCCCCAGUGGUGGCCAACACGAAUUCGUCGGUCACUGUAUGGCCGUCACAUACAUCUUACAUUGUAUUAGCGGUGAUUUAUUUCUCUACUUAGGUUUUCAAGAGAUCCUGUAACUCCAUCAGUCUGCCAUCUUGUAACUUAACUAAUAAAAACAACCUUAAACCUCGUGUUUAAGAAUUCAUUUACAAAUAAUAACUCAACCUUAUUUAUCAGGAAAUGGCUAGAGCGAGCAUGGAAGAAAAACGUCGGCUGGAAAGAUGCAAGAGUCCAGCGCUUGCUCACAUGAAGUUAGACAGUACCGUGACACGACGCGCCUCAUUUGACCGCUUGAGCCAGGCUUCGUCUUCCAUCCCUCCAAGUGCCUUGCUGAGAAAAAGCAAUUUAAACAAAGGUAAGAAAUAACGCCAAGUGAUUAUUGUAGUUUGAUAACCUUUGGCAAAUUACAUGAAAUUGUCUCUUCAAUAUUUUUUGCGGUCAAACCUUCCCCUCGCUCCCCUGAAAAGUAAUAGUGGUAAUAAUAAUGAUAAUAAUAAUAAUAAUGAUGAUGACGAUGAUGAUGAUGAUGACGAUGAUGAUGAUGGUGAUGAUGAUGAUGGUAAUGAUGAUGAUGAUGAUGAUGAUAAUUGAUAAUAAUAAUAAUAAUAAUAAUAAUAAUAAUAAUAAUAAUAAUAAUGAUAAUGAUAACAUUAACAACAACAACUAAUAAUAAUAGCCAAAGGUUACGGAGUGCGGGCGACAACGAUCGAAAGUCAAAAUGCUUUUGCUGCAACGCUGUGAUGUGUUCUUUGCGUAUGUUUCACGUGAUUGAUGGUCAAGACAUGCGUGAUCAGAUAACGAUCGAGUGAUAGAAGGACCAAACGCGCGUGAUCAGAUUGCGUUCUGUGCAUUCCAUUUAUUCUUUAUGGAAGUCCAAACAAAGCUGGCUACAUAACUGCUUUGCAUGCGUAAUAGCUACCUAGAGAUUAGGAUUGCGGGAUCCAAACAUUCAUAAGUGCAGUAAGUUGUUUGCUAAUUUGUGUCUGGUUUUCCGUACAGGCUAUCGUUACUACAAUGGUGACAUUUUCCCCGUGGAGGGGGAGGAGGGGAGAAGAACUACAGGACGCCGCUACUUAUUCGAGGGACUGUUAAACGAGAGGUCAUCUCUGUGGGAUAACAUGGAUUUCUGGGAAAAUGUGUUCCUUGAUUCUGUAGCGACUGAGAGAGAUGCAGUUGGUAUGGAUCAGGGACCGGUAGAAAUGAUUGACAGGUGCGGCGGUAUCUUUAGCCUGCAAAUGCGGACGUAUUUGCGGUCGUCGUUUCUCUUCACCCGAAAAGUAACUUUCGUAAACGCUUCCUCGUUUCAUUUUCGACUUGUAUUGUAAACAUACCCAUCGCGCACGAAUCUUGCGAGAAUUCGCGCGAGAUAGUUCUUGGUCUUUAAGAGCUAAACUGUGAUUGGCUAAUGAUGUCCUACGUCACAGAAAUCGUUUGGCGGCUCGGGUUCGCAGACGUUGCCUUUCGGGUGGAGAGAAGCGACGACCGGGAGCACGUCUGCGUUCGCAGUCUACGGUAUCUUUCACAGUACGAGACAUUCACAUUUCAGACCAGGCGCGGAUCUAGGAUAAAUACUGACCGAUUUCGUAAACGAGCGCCGAAGGCACAAGCUUUUAGGGGGGUCCGGGGGCAUGCUUCCCCCGGGGCUUUUUUAGAUUUUAACCCCCUAAAGUCGCCUUUCCUACGUUUUCGAGUCAUUCGGACAGGAUAUUGGCUAGUUCCAUUCACCUUGGGUGAAGCCCGCCAACUUGGAAAGUUUUGUUUUAUUUAUUAAAAAUAUAUCGAUUUUGAAAAAUCUGACCGAUUUCCGUAAAACCGCGGAAACCGGUGUGGAUCCGCGCCUGCAGGUCAAACCCGUUCCCAGUGUUCUCUCCUCGUACUCGUCCCCUGGAACGAGAAGAGAAGACUGGGUACAAGGUUGACCUCGGGCGGUAAAAAGAACGUACACUUUUCCAACUAAGAGUGAAAAGGUUCUUUAUUUUUGGGUACUUCUUGAGAAAAUAGGCUUUUUAAGGUCCUAAUUAGGUUCAUAUUUUUGUGGCGACAAAUGACCUGUGAUCAAAAUGAUGAAUAGCGAUCGUAAAAAAUGAAAUUAUUUAGUAUAAUGCAGAACACACUGGCUGGUAAGAAGGGAUUGACAGUCUAAGAGCUUUUCUGCCGUUAGAUUAGGAGUAGUUAAUCGUUAAUGAGGUGGAUAAAGCUAUGUAGUGGAUAUAUCUCUAUCUAGUGGAUAACGCGAUUGGUUUCCCUUAGACUUAUCCUUUGGAUAGCGCUAUCCAACGCUUGAACAACCGCAAAAAAAAAUUGGCAAUGAGAUGAGAAACUCUUGUUUCAACCACUUUCAUUCCCUUGGGCAUACUGUAUAAUUGUGAGGACGUUUAUUGUAGCUCUAAAAUUUGAGUUUCAAGUUGAAAUCCUCUGGCACAUGACAUUAUGGGUGAGCUGAUUACCUUGUUUUGCUUGCUUAGGUACAGCUCCUUGGGUCCUGCGGAGAAGAAGCGACUGGAGGCAGACGAGGAUCGACUUCUAGCCACACUUUUGUACAACCUGGUUGCAUUCAUGUUAGCUCUGAAUGUUGACAAGGAUGCUUUGAGAAAGAAAGUUCGCAGGCUGUUAGGGAAGUCUCACGUGGGCCUACUGCAAAGCCAGCAAGUAAAUGAUUUACUUGACAACCUCAGUAACCUGGUGAGUUAGUUUGGAUCAUUAUACUGGGAAACUGAACACCCCCCGGACCUGCAUGACCGAACUUCGGAAGGUAAUAUUUCGCCUCUGGAUCCGAAGUUCGCAAAGUGUACGACCUGUAAACGGCUUAUUAGCUCUUAAUAGGGGUGAUCCCGCACCUAUUUGAGAGAUUGUUUUUGAUUAGCUGGGAAAACAAUAGGGAUUGUCACAUAACAAUGCCCCUAUCCCUGAAACAAUGGAAAUGUAGAUUAAAGGGGACCAGUGAAAUAAGACGUUUAGGACGGUGCUGUUCUACUGCUUAAUAGCCAUACAGUGACCAGAAAAGGGCUCUAAUGGCUUCAAAAUGCGUUUUAACGGUAAAAUUUUCAGGAGCGAAUGGGUUAAACUCUGUUAUACUGAAUCUCGCUAUGGACAAAGCGAUUUCUUACAUAUAGGAUGGUAUUACCCAAAGUCAUUUCCAGGAAGGCGAGUAGUGUGCCGCAAACGUUUUUGUUUGAGUAUUUAUAGCUUCGUAAAAAACUUCUUCGCUUAAGACUUCUGUUUUUACACCUUUCAAUUCUCGAAAAUCGUCGAAGGGCCGAAUAAACAUAAAAACCGGGGGGGGGCGUAGCGAUCGGCAGCGCAAGGGGGUAACGUGGGCAAUUGAGCUUCAGGGUCUUUCUCGCUUCGCGCGAGGACUUGUUGAGUUUCCGGGGGGGAUGGACAAAUAAAACGUCUGAAGGGCAGAUUUCCUUCGAUUGAUUAGCAAUUAUUGUUUAAAUAAAAUAAUUGUGAGAUGUCUGAUUAUAUAAUGUUUGAUUUUUUUAAGUAUGCGUUAAUGGAUAACAAAACAAAUUUGGCUAACUUUCUGUUUGAAAACUGAUUUAUCUUACUUGAAAGUAUAUAUUUGACAAAUAUGGUGUUCGCUCCUUGGCCUGUAAAAGGAGAAAAUAUUUAAAAUUAGAUCAUCUCUAUGGGAACGUAAGUGAUCAGGAAAUAUCUUUGACAAAGCUUUUGUUUUAGCUCCUUCUUGACAAUCAGGGAAUCAAGAAUUGUUUAAAGCUUUACAAAAGAAGGUACAGGGACAUCGGGAAGGGUGUUUCUUUUAAUUGAAUUCAAACAGAAAGAAUAGUCGCUGGUUCAACGACUACUCAACAUGUGGGCUUGUUUAAGCUUGAUUUUAAACAGAGGUCCUCAGCAUUUGCAGAGCUGUGGGGUAAAUUACUAAACAAUGCUUCUAAUAUUUUUCAUUAAUCAUGCUUUCACUAUUAUAAAACCCCAUAAUUUGUAAUGUAAAAUAGAUAGCCGUCGUGGAUAAGUUCAAUUCCAGUCGCGUCUCUGGUGUAUGAUAGCUGGUAAUUUUAAGGUUGGCUCUAAUGUAGAUUAUAAUGGUCGAUUACUGUGUAUCAACGUGCUAACACUUGAUGGAAAAUUGCUGGUUCUCUAUACGUUAGAAUUCUUCUUUAAAAUCUGCUUUCGAAGUCGUCUGGGCAUUGGGAAGAUUAAUUAGAUUUAGAGAUGUUUUUAAUGCCUAAAAAAGCAGGUUAAAUCCCACUCUUAGAAAAGUUUUGAUUCCGAAUUCCCGAUCGAUAGUGCUUCUCUGUGGUGUAUAGGUCUCGUUUAGUUUCUCAAAUUGACGAAAGAAAGCCAGCCGUGAGCUUGAUGAUCUCGAUGCCUUUUUCAUAAAAGAAUUUAAAAUUGACGUUGAAAUGUCCUUUUUUUGUUAAAAAUAUGUUGAUUUGAAAAAUCAAUAUUUAUUGCCGUGGGGAGUUGCCUAAAUAUCGAGGGAAAAGUUUGAUCACAUGCUUACCUUCCACUACCUAACUGAAUGGUAAAUGACUAUUACAACAAGGGGAAAUUCGAUAUUGAUCAGUACCGUUGCGUAAAGUGUUAGGAGAAGUAGACUACGAGCAGUCUCGCUUUUUUCUGUAGUCUGUUGAGCAAAACGCGAGACACGCAAAUGGCCACACGCGUGACUGAUGGCCCUCGUUUCGCGCGUCUCGCGGCUUCGCCGCUCCCGCGCGCGUGCAUUGCUCUCACUAAAUCUGAAGAAAAGGAGAGACUACUCGUAGUCUAUAGGAGAAGCUAAUUGAUGUGUCCGUUUUUCUUUGAUCAGAAUGGAAAUGAUAUUGAUCUCAAACCAGCUGGUAGCCGACAGGUGAUGAAGCAUUCGUUCGUCGUACAUUCUGGAGAUUCUAUGAAUGGAGAUGUGUUUUUCAUGGAGGUAGGUCUCAAUUCAUCGCCGCACCGCGGAUAGCCUGCGAACAGCAGACGUAUCUCCGGUCGCGCGAGCAGACGCAUUUCCGGUCGCGCGUUUGCUGUUCGCAGGCUACACCACGGAAGGAUGGAUAUAAUUAUGCUAUUCGUAAAUUCUAAAUCUAAUAUGGAAUAGACGUUUUGAAGAAAUUUAAAAAAAUGAUUUUUUUUUUCGUUGAGUUCUUUCCUCUGCCAUUUUCCCGACAAGUUUUAGUUUGUCAUCGAACAUAGUUUGAUUGAAGGUUAUUAGAAGGGUUCUUUGUUUUUGAAUAAUUACUGAAGUAUUUGGAGCUGCAAAGGCUUCCUGAAAAAGGAAUACUUCAGUGUUGAUAAUACGUCUAUAAGAAAACAAGAAGACAAUUCUCAUUUAUGUAAUUUACGACCCCGUUUGCAUUUGUGUAAGUGUUUUGUUUUUUUUUUUAAUUUAAAUUUAAAAACGCCAACGUUUUGAAAAAAAAUAUAUACAAUAGUUUGUAACAUUUGUAAUUUUUGUGUACAAUUGCAAUUAUUGAAACCCGUACUUCCAUGGUAUAAAAACGAUCGCCUAGCUACCGCAAUUCUAAUAAUACACCUUAUUUCAAAAUGAUGGCAAAUUUAGUUACUCUUUUGUCUUCCUGAUAUUGGCCUUUUUUCAUUGUUUCAAGGCGAAAGCUCUUUUGAAACCCACAUAAGUAUUAAAGGCAAGUAAUAUUGUCACCAUGUCGGACUAAGGGGCAUAGACAGAUGCAAAUUUCCGAUACUAUGACCGAAGUCAAAGGCAGGCUCUCAGUCAAAGACACACAUAACCUAGCAACUAAGGCCAGGGCUAAACGUCGAACUGUACAUGUGACGGCGGAACUAGACUGUUUACAGUCCCCAAUUUUUUCGUUAAGUCGUCGGGAUCGAGCGGUUACUGUUACGGAUGUCCAUGCUUUCAAAUGUACCGAGGGGGUAAGCCCCGGGGUUUGUAGCGGUGGGAGAAUGGGGGCGAGAUAAAUAGAGGGUUCCUCUAUUUUUCACGCCUCCUCCCAAACCAACCUCCGCCUCUCAAGUAGAUUUGAUACACUUCCCACGUUACAGUCGGUACAUUUGAAACCAAGAUGGACGCCCGUUAAGGUGGGUGCUCAAUCCCCACGAUCUUACGAAAAAAAUUAGGGACUGUGAACAGUCUAGUGACGAACGUAAUGCUAAUGAGCACAAUUAACAGAUAUUACUCUUGAGCAUUAGGUUCGUCGUAUGUGAAGUGCGACGUUUGACCCUGGCCAGAGAGGAAAUUGAAUACAACACAUCCAGGAAUAGCCACGACUAAAAACUCUGCGAAAUGCGUUUUUGCUAAUUAACACGAAUACGAGGGAUUUAGAAAAUGCUUCGGAGGACACCUCUCCUAUAUUUAUUAAUACUCUCAACUCCAAGCACUGCGAGGGCAUAUUUUGACAUAAUUAUGUAAGAAUCGUAAAAAUUAUAGGAAUUUUCUCUCUUUAGGAUGAAAUUAAUAUUUGUUUAUCAUAGCCAGGGGCCCAUAACCCCGUGCUAUCAACUUUCGUGUAACGCAAGUGAAUUUGGCUCGGUUACCUCGCUACUCAUGUCACGGCAUUUUCACCGACGAGUUUAUUUGUAAAACGAUUUUGGCUUGAAUUCAGAAUAUCGUNACCUUAUUUCAAAAUGAUGGCAAAUUUAGUUACUCUUUUGUCUUCCUGAUAUUGGCCUUUUUUCAUUGUUUCAAGGCGAAAGCUCUUUUGAAACCCACAUAAGUAUUAAAGGCAAGUAAUAUUGUCACCAUGUCGGACUAAGGGGCAUAGACAGAUGCAAAUUUCCGAUACUAUGACCGAAGUCAAAGGCAGGCUCUCAGUCAAAGACACACAUAACCUAGCAACUAAGGCCAGGGCUAAACGUCGAACUGUACAUGUGACGGCGGAACUAGACUGUUUACAGUCCCCAAUUUUUUCGUUAAGUCGUCGGGAUCGAGCGGUUACUGUUACGGAUGUCCAUGCUUUCAAAUGUACCGAGGGGGUAAGCCCCGGGGUUUGUAGCGGUGGGAGAAUGGGGGCGAGAUAAAUAGAGGGUUCCUCUAUUUUUCACGCCUCCUCCCAAACCAACCUCCGCCUCUCAAGUAGAUUUGAUACACUUCCCACGUUACAGUCGGUACAUUUGAAACCAAGAUGGACGCCCGUUAAGGUGGGUGCUCAAUCCCCACGAUCUUACGAAAAAAAUUAGGGACUGUGAACAGUCUAGUGACGAACGUAAUGCUAAUGAGCACAAUUAACAGAUAUUACUCUUGAGCAUUAGGUUCGUCGUAUGUGAAGUGCGACGUUUGACCCUGGCCAGAGAGGAAAUUGAAUACAACACAUCCAGGAAUAGCCACGACUAAAAACUCUGCGAAAUGCGUUUUUGCUAAUUAACACGAAUACGAGGGAUUUAGAAAAUGCUUCGGAGGACACCUCUCCUAUAUUUAUUAAUACUCUCAACUCCAAGCACUGCGAGGGCAUAUUUUGACAUAAUUAUGUAAGAAUCGUAAAAAUUAUAGGAAUUUUCUCUCUUUAGGAUGAAAUUAAUAUUUGUUUAUCAUAGCCAGGGGCCCAUAACCCCGUGCUAUCAACUUUCGUGUAACGCAAGUGAAUUUGGCUCGGUUACCUCGCUACUCAUGUCACGGCAUUUUCACCGACGAGUUUAUUUGUAAAACGAUUUUGGCUUGAAUUCAGAAUAUCGUUGAAGUCCCACAAACUUGUCAGCAAAACCUCCAGCCCUGGAAACAAUAUUUUGACAUUUUACUUUAGUGACGUUUUGUUUUCCAUUUUCAUACCUUAUUCUUCAAAUGCGCUCGUAGAUAGAGCAACGUGACGUAACUGCUUCUCCUCCCAAUCAUCCUUCCAUAAAAACGCCGUGAUGUAAGGCUACUGGGUAGUGUGAGAGUUGCUUGCUUUGGGUUAUGAGCUCCUGUCGUAGCCAAAUAAUGCUUAACCCCAGCACUCUUUUUUUGCAUAGGUAUGUGACGAUUGUAUCCUGUUAAGAACUGGAACAGGGACGAUCGUGGAAAGAUGGUGGUACGAGAAAAUAGUGAACAUCACUUACGCUCCCAAAACUAAAGUACUAUGUCUAUGGUGCAGGCAAAAGGAAGAGACCAUUCUAAACAAGUUCUGCACCAAAAAGGUUGGUCUGAUCCCCCUCGGAUAAUAGAGAGCUUUAGAUUCCAAGCCGAAGACGACUACGAAAACCAGAUUUUCUCAGUACUAAGUUGUGCGCAGGAACCAGGGUCAUUUUGGCGGGAAAACGUGAUAGCCGUCGUCAUUCUACCACGGGUUUUAGCGAGAGUGCUGUAGAGGCGAGAUCAAGUUAUCGAAUGUUAAAAGUUUUAUCAUUUCGCGAUCGGAAGGGGGUUUAAACCCCUAAAAUAACCCGUGCUCACUUUUCUGGUUAAAAAAAAAGUGGAAUGAAGCCAUCUGGGAAAACGCGAAAAAAAAAUUGAAGUCAAAUCUCGGUCUUCGUAGUCAUCCGCGUCCUUGAAUCCCGAGCUCUCUUUAUCCUCUCUCUCAUGCCCAUACCCUGCAAUUAUUUCGUGAGCAAUCGAGUUGUCUAGUGAUUGUUGAUUAAUUUAUUUGGCCAUUAUUAUGUAGUUAAAUGAAAUUUAACACAGUUAAUAACUAGGAGCGCAGCCGUUGGUCAGCGGUCAUUGCGUUGGCUCAAGCGCGGUCAGGCUUGCUUGCAUCAUUUCCUUGUGCUUAGUACAGCGUUUCCUGGCGGCCUCUCUCUUCAUUUAGCCUAUGGAUCAUUCUUUUAUCCCCAUCCCUCCCCCUCUGAUAAAUCAGUGUGACGGGUGCCUGGUUCCAUUGUCGUGGGGGUUCAUGGCUGGAAGGCGCGGGUUUACCAGCCAUAGGGGCAUAACUCUGUCUAGGGGCUGGCUUUGCCAAAAGUGGAAGCCCCUGGACAUCCCGGGCACUCACCUUCACCAAGCAACGGAGUUGUUAACUAUUUGUUUAUUCCAUUAACGCAGUGCAAAGCUUUGUAUUACUGUAUCAAGGAAAGUUUGCAGAGAGCAGCUGACAGGCUGAACGACAAAGGAUCAGGUUAG